AAAAGAGGCAGACCGGAAGGGAAGGGAACCGCCCGCGCUUCCCCUGCGCCACUCGCCUCGCUUCCCACCUCUUCUCGAUCCGUCUUCCUUCGUUUCUUCACGGAGUCCCUCGAAUUCCAUAACCCCAGCGGGAAGGAAGGUCUGGAGAAGAACAACAAAGGAGAACUAAGAAGACCAGUGAUUCUUUUUUUCUAGAGAGAGAGACAGGGAGGGUCGGUGUUUUUGGGGAGGUAGGCUGUAGGUAUUCGUGGAUGUUCUUGAUGGGGGCGAGCCAUGUCUUCUAAGAUGGGUUUGAGUGUCGGGAAUAGUAAUGCCUGCAAUGUUGGUGGCGUGGGAAUCGCCAUUGGAGGUGGCUUGUACUCUCCUGCCAAGGAGAAAGCAGCUAACAGAGGAGCCUACAGCUACAAUGGACGUUGGUGGCAGCCGCUCCGCCGGAUCCGGCAGAUCCUGGUUUCUGCAGCCGCUGCGAGGAUCAAGCUGCUCCUCCCCAUCUGCAUGCUUUUCGCCGUUCUGCUCUUAGCCGGCAGGACGGCCUCUCUGAUGGGCUGGCGGUCCAGUUCCGUUUCUCCGGCAAAGGGUGGAUAUACAGUACUCAUAAACACUUGGAAACGUAAUUCGCUUCUCAAGCAAUCUGUUGCACAUUAUGCUUCCUGCAUUGGUACAGAUGCAAUACAUGUUGUAUGGAGUGAGAGUGAUCCUCCAUCUGAGGAUCUUAAAAUGUAUCUUAGGAAAAUUGUGGAAGCGAAGUCUCAGAGUGCUCAUAAGCCAAAUUUGAGGUUUGACUUGAAUGAAGAAGAUAAUUUGAAUAACAGAUUUAAGCCCAUCAAGGACCUCAGAACUGAAGCAAUUUUUUCAGUUGAUGAUGACGUUAUUGUUCCUUGUAAGACUUUGGAUUUUGCUUCUACAGUGUGGCAGAGUGCUUCUAACACGAUGGUUGGGUUUGUUCCCCGCAUGCAUUGGUUGGAUGAAGAGAAUGCUUCCACGGCAUACUACAAAUAUGGUGGUUGGUGGUCAGUUUGGUGGAUGGGCACUUACAGUAUGGUUCUAUCAAAAGCUGCAUUUUUUCACAGAAAAUACUUGGACUUGUACACAUACAGGAUGCCCACAUCUAUUCACGAUUAUGUCACUCAAGAAAGAAAUUGUGAAGAUAUUGCAAUGUCCUUACUUGUAGCUAAUGCCACUGGGAUUCCUCCAAUCUGGGUCAAAGGAAAGAUUUACGAGAUUGGUUCAUCUGGGAUCAGCAGCCUGAAAGGGCAUAGCAGGGCAAGAAAUAAGUGCCUUAAUGAUUUCAUUGCACUUUAUGGCACCAUGCCUCUCGUGCCUACCAAUGUUAAAGUUGUAGAUGCUCAAGGUGAAUGGUUUUGGUGAACGAGACAUUUUACUACUGGCUGCUGUGUAACUACUCUGCCGCAGUCAGAGCUCAUUGCACAGUUAUCUGCUUUUGCGCUGCAUUGAGUGGUCAGCAUAUACUAAACGAUAGAGCUAAUGUCUAGAGCUUGUAAUGAAAUGUGCCAGAUCUGUUGGUUGGGCCAUUGAACAAAGAUAUGGCUUCUGAGCCAUUUAUUAGGUUUUUUGGGUGUUUGUAACUUUUAUAAGGUGUACGUGGUGUAUUUCUUCCUAUCAAUUAACUGGUACUUCGAAAUAUUUGCCGAGGUGAACGUGAUUAAUGAUUUUCAUCUGUUUCCUGGUA